AAAAACAAGUGACAGUAAAUUUUCUGCAAGUGACUUACAUUUUACGUUAAAGAUUUUCGUUCAUUCAUAUCAUCAUUAAAAUAAAAUAUCUAGUUUAUAGAACAGAUUUUUUUUCUGUUUUAAUGCUAAUCAUAUACAAUUUUAAUAAUGAUACUAGGCCUAUAUUAACUCUUACUUUAAAUUGAACAGUUGUUUCAUAUUCGUUAUUCGCUUGUUUUGCAGCGACUGCCAUGCAGCCGGUAAAUUCAAAUUGUUAAACAAUUAUCCAAGAAGAUUCUUUUGAAACCAUUAACGAUGUCAGUAAGUGAAGGCAUAAGUUGAGAUUUAUCUAAUAUUAUCUUGAGCCAUUAUAAAAGCUAUGGCUUAUUGUCAUCACGAGUGUCUGUCUUCUGUUUGCAAGAUUAAAGAUCAUUGCCGCAUUCACGAUUUUGUUCCACCGCGAGUGUCAACUCCCACUGAAGUUGAUGACGUUUGUGGUGAGGAAGUAUGUGCAGUGUGUGGUAACAUUCACCCCUGCGGUACUACUCAGUUCCGGACAUUUCUGCAAACAGCAGGUAAUUCUCCUGGAGAAGAGAGAUGUUUAACGCGUAUGAACAGUGCGUCUGAGCAGGCUUUAGUUGGAAAAUCUUGCACCCAAGUAAAAAUGUUUCGCUGCCCAAAAUCAGUCUGCUCACACAGAUUCCUCGCGUGUUGUUCUGAUAACGAGCCUGGUGGCGUAUCAUCCGGUGUAAAUAACAAGAACAAACUGUCACGUAACGCAUCUUGUCACAUGACAGAUGACACCAGCGCUAGGCAAGCUAAGAACUGUGGUUGUUUCUCGUGCAAAACAUCAAACUUUUAUUCAGAAAGUUGCCCUAUGCCCAUCUCAACAAGGAAGAGGGUCCAUUUAAAGGCAACUCAAACUGAAAACGUUCUAUCUCACGACAUACGAGGGAUAGCAUCAUUUAAAAGCUGUAAUGGGGCACCGGAUGAUUCUCAGCAAAGGAACGAGUGUGCUGAAUUUUCACGGGAUAGCCACACUGAACAUUAUAAUAACAAAUAUGAUGUUGACAACCAAGAAAAAGUAACUUGUGAGCUUAAGGGAGUGAAUCAAAAUACGAAAGAGCGCUUGAGAAGUUACAAACAUUCCAUCAUGUCUCCUGAAGAAGUGAAGCCAUUGGGAAGUACUGAAGUAAAGUAUAUGAGAACCAAACAAACUCCGAAAAAAUUUAAAUUAGUUCGUGGUAAGUUGGUUGAAGUCAAUGACGGGUCAAGACGAGAAAGAGCUGAGCCUGGGACUCAGUCCAAAUUUGCAGGCGAGCAAGAGAUUUGCAUUAACCAGAAUGCUGUGAAGGAAGAAAUAUACUCCUGCGGAUCGCAAAGUAGUGUUCUUAUGAACAGAUUUCGUGACAUGGAUUAUUCCCUUGAUGAUUUUACACCAAGUGAAGAAACCACAAACAAUGGGAAUGGGAAACAGUAUCCGUGGUUUUCGUCCAAUAUUCCAAACAACAGUACAUUCUGUUCCAGUAGGGGCACAACUGUCAAGGAAAGAGACAGAUUAGGCAGCAUUCUUAAGAAGAACAUUUCCCCGUCUGUCGUACAUAACUCACCAUCAUGCAUUGUGCAUCCUAGUGACGAAGCAGACAGUUAUACUAAUUCGAUGUCGGAACGAAAAGAUCAACAUACCAAAACUAUGUACAUGUACAAGUACAAGUACAAGUACAAAUAUAAAUGUCCUUGUACGACAAAUGUAAAUAGUUCCAUCAGCAACAUGGAAACAUUAGCAAGGCAAAACAGCUCUUACACUAAAAGAAUGAAAAACUGUUCAGAACCACUUCAGGAGCAAGAACCUUCAAUAAAAUCUGAGCCAAAGGCCUCAGUUCGUUUCAUGAAUAAUAAAGAAUCAUAUGCUAGUAGUCAAAAAAUGUCAUGUUUGUCAUCUAGCCUGAUUAUACCGAAGUCUAGUAAACUUAAUGUUCCAAACUAUUAUUUUCCAGAAAGUAAACAGUCAGAGAGUGGAGUCAUUAAAGACGCAUCCUUGUGUCGAAAUUCAGUGUUAUGUUUUCAUGAAGGAGAAAAUACAUUAGGAAAUAAAUUUUCCUCGAGUGUAGCGAAGGAACAAAAUGCUGUGCUGCCUGUUAAUGUACGACAUGUGGACGAUAACCUAAAACAUACUGCAUAUGAAGAGUCAUCGGCGCAGCAUCUGAGCAGUUUUUCAUUUCCUCCACACUUACAGUUAACCUCGCAUAUACCUAAAGAAAACGACGUCCAUGUUGAAAAAGGACGAACAAUUCCAGAGGAAAUGGAUGCUUGUGAUGAGGGUGCACAAGGAAGAGGAAAUGUUUUAAUUCAAACUCAGCAGGUGCGUACCACCGUUGAUAAUCAUAAUACAUCUAGUGCACGUGAUCUGACAGAAGAAACUCAGUCUCUAAGCUACGGUCUUUCAAAAGAAGAAAAUGUUGGCACCACAAACAAUGUUAAAGUUGAAAGUAAAACUGCAAUCAGUGCCAAAAGUACUUUUCCAGAAUAUGUAGAAUUUGAGCAAAAUUGUAUGACUCAACAGGGGGGAGAUAACCAGAAUAUGCAAGUAAGUCUGGACAUGUUAAAAUUAAAAUUGUGUAUGAACAACUCUUCAAUAAGCAAAAAUGAUGACAAUAAGUUACAAAAUGAAAAAAUCCAUGAAAGUACCACACUUUAUAAUCAAAUUCCUCUGACUUGUGAAUAUAGAACUUCAGUCAACUAUGAAAGAAACUUAGGUAAAAAUUGUAACAUAAUAGGAAAAAGUCUAGCACCGCUGCAGCAUAACUCGUGCAUUUAUGGAGAAGAAACUGAAGUUUCAUCUAAAAGGAGUAUGAUACCAGAAGGAAAAAGAAGUGACAUUGCUGAUUUUCCAAUUCCAAUUGACAGUGCUGACCAAUCAGAGAACACGAAUGUUAAAGAGAGUUUCGGCGAAGGAAGUAAAUAUCUGUUAGUGAAAAGUAACGAUAAUAGCCAUAAUAACCAACAUGCAUGCGAUGAAGACUCUUUAUCUGAAACAGAAAUAUCUGAGCUAGAGGGAGAGUGUGAAGGUGAAAAGGAAAUUGUAUCAGGAACAUUGAAGGAAGUCUUUAGCACAGGUCCCAGAGAAAAUUCAAAUAUUGAUCUCACUGAUGAUAAUGCAGCAUAUUACAAACAAUCAUUUGCAGAUGACAUUUGCGAUAAAACCGAAAAAAUAGUUGUUCCUGGAAGUUGUGAAAAUAACAAUUCUCGGGAAUUUAGACCAAAAGAAGAAAUAUGUAACGAAAAAUCAGUAUUAGAGCAGGAAAUAACCUCAGUAACUUCAAAUGGUGAUGAAAAGAAAGUUUGCAUUUUAAUUCAAGAUUCCGAAGAAACCAAUAGAAACUCCAUGGUCUUAAUUAAGUGCGCAGAGACAAAAUCUCCUGAUGCAACAGUGUUUCACGAAAAUGCUGGCAUAGCUGCAUCUUUAGUCACAAAAAAAUUCCAUUCUGUUGGACAUGUGGCCCUGGUAGAAAUAGUUGCUGAUACUUCUGAGUGUGAAAAAGAAGAAAGCGUGUCUUACUUAGAGGGAGAGUCGCAUACAGGGGACAAUGAUAGCUACGCCUGUUGUAAACACCUGGGUGCUGCAGGUGAAAUUGAUGAGUUACUACAAGAAAGUGACAGUGAAACUGAGUCAGCAAUUGAUGACAGUGGCUUAAGUUUCCAAGAAUAUGAACCAGCGACCAAAUCGGAAGUGCUGUCGGACGAUAGUUAUAGCAAUGGUAGCGACAAUAGCAACGCCACAAAGAAGUACGCUAAAAGGAAAUACGAGAGUAGCAGCUGCUCAAGUAUUGAAGACCCAGAACAAGCAACUGAAGUUCAAACCAUAGACUACAGCAAUGACAACAAUGAAACUGAUGGUGUAGACCGUACCCAAAUCGAUACCAGUGAAACUUCGAUUUUCCUACUCGAUGAACAAUUUUCCCCUACAUAUGCAGAGGGAUUAUCAAGCAGAAGUUCUCAACAUGUUGAUGAAGUAACAACAUAUUGUGAAAAGAAACAGCCUUAUGAGCAUAGUCUUACGAUAUCCUCAAUUGAUGAAGUGACUAUGCAGGCAGACGAAGAAGUAUACAGUGAUGUAAAAAACAGUGAUCACGAAACUCUUAGUGUUACGCCAGAGCAGUCUCAAACUGCAGAUAAUGAUAAUAUACUUAGUGAUCCUGAAAAGAGUGUGAAGUCCAAAUCACAUCUUAGCUUAGAAAGUGAUAGUCCUUCAAAAAUGCUGAACUAUAAUGACCAAAAAUAUCAAGAAGACUUUGCUUCGAUGAAAUCCGACCAAAGUUCGACUAACAGUAAACGAAGCGAAUUUUUAGCCCUUUUACAAGACUUUCAAAUGUCUUUUUCCUUACAAAAAUCAGACACGACGGAAUGUGAAAAAACUAUUCCAAAAAUACAAGAAAGUAACACUGAAACAAUUCCCCAAAUUCCCACAGUGGAUUUGGAAAACAUCAGUUGCAAAUUUCCUAGCACAGAAGUUUUCACAGCUAACAUAGACCCUCUUACAUUAGAAAACAUUUCAGAUACUGAAAGUAACAACCAACAUGCCCAGCAAGAAAAUCCCCCAACCCCGCUGUCUGAAAGUACAGGUAGGGAAAUUCGAACCGAAUCGGACUGGGCAAAUGAAAAAUUCGUCCAGUCAAAUCAGGAACGAGAUUUCGGUGCACUUGCAACUGAAUCCAAUGCUGUAUUGGAGCUGGACACGAUGGAAUUGCAGACGAAGAGUUUCAAAAUUUCCGAAUGUAUCGAAAGCAAAAAUUCAGACAGUCUGGUGUCGAUGUGUGCAAAAGAGAACAAUAAGACUCCCGAGAGUGUCACGGUUGAUUGCACAGAAAAUGUCGGAAGAAACAACCAAAGAACCAUACAAACCAACGUCGCAGAGAAACAUGCAGGAGAUCGUGAUACUGAUCAACAUGAUGACAGCGGAACAGAAAAUAUUCAAAAGCACGAUGUUAAACGCAACCCUAACAUCCACGCCAAGUUUGGCAUCGAUAAACCCAAAAAUGUGAGCAGUUCUGGCGCUAGUUCCGAAAAGAAGGAUGCGAACAUUUCUGUAAAGAAAGCCAUGUUUGGUAGCGCCAAAAGAAACAUCUUGGACGCUUUAAAGUUGAACACAAGAAACGGCGACGACGAAACGAAAAACUCUAAAGACAGCCCUAGAACAAACGGAGGACAGUUAAAGAAAUCGAAAACUGACCUAUCAACACCAAGUAGCUCAGCACACAAACCAAGAGAACGUACAAUGUCCCAGCAACAGGAUAUCUCUAAACGAAGGCCAAAAUCUGUUAAGAAACGCAGUUGAAUUCAAGUAAUAGGCUUUAUAGUUUGUUUCAUUCAGGAAAGUGUAAACAUGAAUUAGGAAUCAACUUGAAUAAAUUAUUUGAGAUUCGUUCUUAAGAACGGUAAAACCAAAAUAUUUGUGGCAUUUACCGAUUGAGAUUUAUUUUUUAAAUAUUUGUUAUAGGCAGUGCAUUUUAAUGUAAUAUUAUCGAAGUAAAUUCUUAAGUAAAAAUUAUCAGGUGAUUAUAACAAUAUGAAUUUUACUUGCCAAUAUUUAAUCCGUAAGUAAAUGGUAUAAUCACUUAAAAUAAAUGACGUUGUAAUAAGUAUUGUUUUUAUCGUAAAGUAUUAUUUAUGUUCUAUUCGUUGUGACUUUGUAUCAUUCUAGCUAUCGAUAGGUACGUCAUUAAAAUUUCACGAAAAUAAAAUAAUGGUUUUUAUUUAAAAAUUUUAAGUAGUACCUACAAUGAACUAAUUCUUUGCGUCUAAGUUGGAAACUUAUAUCAUCAUCAAACUGUUCAGUGUUAUUCCAUAGAAAAGAAUAAAAAAACAAGUAUUUUCAUUGGC